AUGAGGUUCACCCUCAAACUCUCAUCACAAUGGAUAGAUGUCAGCCCUUCGGCGAUACGUCAAUUCAUGCUGGAACCACACUGGCUAGAUUUCCCAUACCAGGAUAUGGAAAUGUCGCCAAAAAAAGGAGGUAUGAUGAUACCUGUCCAUCUGCCGGAUCUCAAAACAAUCAAAGCCCUUUCCCCUGUUUUGGAGAAGUUUCUGCGAUGGUGGAUGCUAAGCAAGGAAGCACAGAAGGGGCAGUUCAUAGUACCACCAGAGCUGGAAUUUAUGUGCGACCCAAUCCCAGUGCUACCUCAAGUCAGGAGGACCUGGCCGUUGUCAGCAAGGAACCCGAUCAAGGGAACCUUUGGGGAGACAACAAAUGCACUCAUGGUACUUGCGACAACGGAGAAGUUCAACCAAGUGGAAAUCAAAGUGAUAAUAGUGAAGGAGGUGGAAGAAGGGGACUGCGAGAUGGAACUGGAAUUCAUGGCAAGGAAGGAGACCCUAUGGAGCAGGAGGAACAACGAGUUCAUACACAAGAUAGAUCCUCUGACCAACAGGAAGUUCAAGGAGUUCUCCAAAACUCGAAAAACACCUGAUCCCAUGAUAAUAGUUGCUUGGAACUGCAGAGGAAUUGCCCGCCGGGGAUUCCAAUCCAAUAUCCGCCACCUCUUUAAAGAGCACCUUCCCCAAAUCCUAAUACUAACCGAAACCAAAACCAGCCCCAAAAACACUGCAAGAAUCAUGAAGAAAACUCCCUUUGAAAAGUAUGUGCUAGCUGAACCCUAUGGCCUCGCUGGUGGGAUCAUAGUUAUGUGGAACCCUAACUUCAUCAACUUUCAGAUGAUUGGAAGGGACCUGCAUACUAUUCAUGGUAUUGUGGAGGUAAACACUUCCCCCCCUUUUAGUUUUUGCUUAUCUGCUGUGUAUGCUAGUACCAAGUACAAAAGUAGAUUAGAAACUUGGCAUGACCUAAUAGACAUGUCUAAACUAAUAACAGUUCCUUGGGUAGUAAUGGGAGAUUUUAAUGAAGUCACUUGUCAAUCAGAGAAACUGGGGGGCAAUUUGAUCAAACAACAUAGGGCAGAUAGAUAUUCUGAUGCCAUGAAUGAAUGUGGGCUAGUUGAUGCUGGCUGUGUGGGUAGCAGGUUUACCUGGUUUAAUAAACAGAAAGAUAAACCCAUUUACCAAAGACUUGAUAGGGCUUGGGUAAAUAUGCACUGGCUUAAUCUGUUUCCUAACUCUACUGUAAUUACAUUGCCUAGAGAAGCUUCUGACCAUAAUCCAAUUAAGCUAAUAACGGAAAAUAUUGGUUUGCAAAAUCAUGGUCACCAAAAUGUUUUCAAAAUGGAACCUUUAUGGUAUGCUGAACCAGGUUUCUCAACCAUGGUGGAUGAAAACCUAAAUGCUGAUAAUUCUGACUUGGUUAGUAAACUCAAUAAUAUCUCCAAAACCAUGUCUUCUUGGGUUAAGGACAAUAUAGAAAAUAUUUUCAAAAAAAGGAAAGUCUUGUGUGCUAGAAUCAUGGGUAUCCAACGAGCUCUAGAACACAAGCCAACCAAUAAGCACCUCUUGGACUUAAAUGAGGACCUCUCCAAUGAGCUAGGUCUCAUUUAUGAGCAAGAGGAAGCCUUCUGGAUGGCUAGGGCUAGAACUAGUUGGAUUGAAAAUGGGGACAAAAACACUAGCUAUUUCCAGAAGUCUGUCAUCAUAAGAAGAAGAAGGAAUAAAAUCACUAGCCUUAGGUCAGAAGUGGGUCAGGAUAUCCAAGGGAAAGAUCUAGUGCCCCAUAUUGUCAGCUACUUUUCCACCCUCUUCACCUCUGAACAGACCAUUCCCCCCUGUGAAAACCACCACUACUCCAAUGAAAUCAGUAUUGACCAUGCCACCAAUAUUGAAGAAGUUGGGAGAGCUGUGUUUGACCUAGGUCCCCUUAAGGCCCCAGGUAUAGAUGGCCUUCAUGCCCACUUCUACCAACAACACUGGGGUGUUUUGUGGAAAGACCUAUAUAAGUAUGUGGAUAAUGUACUGCAGACCAAAACCUUUCCCCAGUCCAUCAAUGAUACCACUAUCUGCAUUAUACCCAAGACUGCCCUACCAGAGUCCAUAAAGCAAUUUAGGCCCAUAAGCCUGUGUAAUGCCAGCUAUAAAAUAGUGUCAAAAAUAUUAGUCAACAGGAUCAGACCUCUUUUGAAGGACAUCAUCUCCCCAAAUCAGAAUAGUUUCCUUCCUGGAAGGGGCUGUGAAGUUAAUUACAUUGCAGCUUCUGAAAUCUUACACUCCAUGAAAACCAAAAAAGGGAAGUUUGGGUGGUUUGCUCUUAAGAUAGAUCUUGAAAAAGCUUAUGAUAGGCUGGAGUGGAACUUCAUUAGGUUCUGUUUAGCAAGGAAAGGCUUUGAUAGAAAUUCCACAGACCUCAUUCUUAAUUGCAUUGCCUCUCCUGCAACAUCUAUCAUUGUAAAUGGAAAGCCCUCCCCCUCCUUUAAAACCACUAGAGGAAUCAGACAAGGAGACCCAAUAUCCCCAUAUGUUUUCAUUAUUUGCAUGGAGUACUUAGCUGAUAUGAUUAGUGAGGCUGCCUCUAAGGAAAACUGGAAACCCUUCUACUUGAAGAGAAAUGGCAUCCCCAUCACCCAUUUGAUGUUUGCAGAUGAUCUGCUUCUGUUUGGAGAUACUUCUGCCAAAACUCUCAGUGGCAUGAAGGAGGUCCUUAGGAACUUCUGGGACUGCUCUGGCCAAAAAAUGAAUAACUCUAAGAGCAAGAUCUAUUUUUCCAAACACACCCCCCAAAACCAAAAAGAUCUAUUCUGUAACACUCUAGAGGUACAACCAAGCCCUGACUUAGGAACAUACCUAGGGUUCCCCUUGACAGACAAAAGGCCAACCAAGAACCAAACUUUAGACAUUUGCAGGAAAAUUAAGAGCAAACUGGCCUCCUGGAAGGCUAAAUGCCUCAGCAAAGCUGGUAGGUUAGUACUUAUAAAGUCCACCUUGACCACCAUAGCAAAUUACUCUAUGCAAAUUCUGUACUUACCAAAGAAAACCCUCCAGACUAUUGACCAAGCUUGUGCUAAUUUCCUAUGGGAUUCAGAACCCCAGAAAAAGAAAACCCACCUUGUAGCUUGGCUCAAGGCCUGUGGACCAUUGGAAGUAGGAGGGCUUAGUGUUAGAUCAGCUGUAAUGAUGAAUAAAGUGCUAAUGACUAAACUCUGCUGGAAAUUUAACACAGGGGAAAACCUAGCCAGUAUCCUAAUCAAGGAAAAGUAUGUUGAUAAUAGACCCUACCCUGCCCCUUUCUCAAAAGGGUCUCAUAUUUGGCAAAAUGUUGGAAAGGGGUGGAACAUGUACAAGGACCUUACUGCUUGGUGUAUAGGGGAUGGAACCCAGAUCAACCUUUGGCUAGAUAAUUGGACAGGAAAAGGUUCACUUAGAUCUUUAAUACAAGGACCCCUAACCAGAGAUGAAUUUGCACACACUGUUAGUGACAUUAGGAGGGAUGGCCAUUGGAACUUAAGCUGCAUUUCCUUCACCCUACCCACUGACUUAAUCCAAUGGAUUCAAGCCAUUCCCAUCCCUCAGUUUGGUGAGGAUGCCCCCUUCUGCUCUCUAUCAAAAGGGCUCCACUUUGACUCAAAAACAGCUUACAACACCAUUUGGAACACCCACUUCCCUGACACAGACUCAAGUGAUAAAUGGAGUUGCAUUUGGAAAGCUAGAUGCCCACCUAAACUGAAAAUAUUCCUUUGGCUUAUUCUUUGGGGAAGACUCCCAACUGCAUCCCACCUAUCCAGUAGACAGAUUAUCCCUAAUGGAAAUUGCCAGUUUUGUCCUAAUACCCAGGAAGACAUGGUACACUUGUUUUUAAACUGCCCCAGAGCUACUGAAUUUUGGAGUAAUAUUGAGUUUCAACCCAAGUAUAACCAUCUCCACUCUGAUGUUGAAAAUUGGUUCCUAGAUAACUUGAAUGAUACUGGGCUAUCCCAGGUUUUGAACACUACAAACCAAACAAUUUUCAUCUUUUGCCUUUGGAGAAUAUGGAAUAGAAGGAACUUAUGGAUUUUUCAAAAAGAAAACAAAAAUAUUCAGUCUUGGUGUCACCAAACUCUAUGGUUAGCAAAAGAGCAUGGAAAUAUAGAGAGUAAAGGAACACAACAGAUUAAGCCAGUGCAUUUGGACCCCCCUAGUCCCUCAAAUUACUUUGUUAAAUGCGAUGCAUCUUUCUGUUCCUCCACUCUCCUUGCCUCCUAUGCAGCAAUUUGCAGGAAUGAAGAUCACACAUUCAUGGCUGGAAUAGCUGGAACCUUCACCAGUACCUCAGCUGCUGCUGCAGAAACUCAAUCUAUCCUUAUAGCUAGCUCAUGGGUCAUCAUCAAAGCAUGGCAGAAUGUGACUAUAUUUACAGAUUGCAAAUCAGCAGCAGAACACCUAAACAAUGACAACCCUCCAAUUUCUUGGCUGUCUAACCUAUAUGCUAAAUGCAGGGAGUUGCAAAGAACCCACGGGAGCCUCUGGGUGAAAUUCAGAAGAAGGGAGCACAUCAUGGAAGCAGACUACGUGGCAAGGAAGACCAAGGACAGGCUGAGUCUGUUGGAUCAAGGCAGUGAUUUAGAACCCCCCCCCAGUUUAACUACUGAUAUCUCAUCAAACAAUGACACUAAUUUUUUGGGAGCAUGUUUGCUUCAAAGUAAUUGGGCGAUAUGUGCCUGUAUUUUGACCUCCACACGGAGUGGAGUUAGCUGA